AUGACUAAAGGAGAAUAUGAGAGCCAUGAAAAACAUGGAAGUCCUAGACUAUAUUAUGGUAUAUCUAAUAAAAAAACAAAUGUUGUUACUUUAGACACUCAAAUUAAAGACAAUGACUUAGAAGUCCAAGAAAAAUUAAUAAAACUAUUAUAUGAAGCAGUAAAGACAAAAGAAAUGAGUUAUGGACCUGAAUUGAAAGAUGAAAAAGAACAACCAAAAGGACAUAAACUAGUUGAAACAGAACAACCAAAAGAGACUAUUGAUGAUGGUAUUGAAAGUAAAGAAUAUCCAAAAGAACUCAGUAAAGCAGGGUGUAUUGUAAAGAUUAAAACUAAGUACUCAACAAUUACUUUUAAUGGAAAUGAAAGUACCACAGUUAGAGAAUUAAUUGGUCAUAUUAAAUGGACAAUUGAACAAGAAGGAAAAAAGGUAUAUUGUGGUUUAUUAAAACAAAGAACAAAUCCCAAAGGAAUUAACGAGAGAUUAGAUGAAACAUUAACUUCAUUAAAAUUAUAUCGCACGAUGUUAUGGUACGAAUGA